AUGGCAGGACUUUCAUCUUUCUUUCAUCGCUCUACAGAUCGCAUCCACCGCAGCCAUGACUUUUGGAACGACAAGAGAAAAGGCUUCGUCAUGGCCUCGGUCGUGGCCAUGCUUGCACUUAACCUUCUUUUCCUCGCCGAUCUCUCUUAUUUAUACGGCGUCGUCUUCAAAAGCACUUACAGGGUCCACAACUUCAAGAUGUUGAUGGUUGACUUUGACGGCGGACUCAUUGGUCAAUCUGUCAACGGCGCCUACCAGCAAUUCCAAGGAAACACUUUCCCAACUCUCAUCCAGCAUGAUGUCUCGGAAUAUCCUACCGAGGCAGACGUGCGCGAGGCGGUGUGCAAGGGACACUACUGGGGCGCAAUCUACUCUCAUCGUGACGCCAGCAGUCGUCUCUCUGCAGCUCUGGCUGGUGGUGACGCUGCCACCUCCUAUAACCCCGCCGACACGGUAACCUAUAUUUGGAAUGGUGCACGGUAUCCUUCCUUCUCACAAGGAUAUGUUCAGUCGAACCUCGCGCAGCUCGCUACUGCCGCUGGCGUUGUCUACCACAAGAUCAAUGGUACUCGCGCUGCGCAGGCAGUCAACGUCACCGAUGCCGCUGCUGUCCAGGCCCUCCUGAACCCCAUCCAAGGUGUUGCAGCCCCCAUCCAACCCACCACGCACGGCACCCGCGUCUUCUACAACACUGUUGGCGUCAUCAUGCCCAUGUUGAUCAACUUCUUCUUCGUCAUGGCCUUGAACGGUAUUUCGGCGCAGAUGCAAUUCCUCAGCCGUCUUCCUCGCCUCGACAACUGGAUCGCACGCUCGGUGCUUUCUGUCAUCUUCACCUUUACAGCCGCUCUAGUCACGACGGCCUUCACAUGGGAAUACAGGGAAUCGUGGGCCGUGAGCGCUGGCGACUUCGCUCUAACUUGGAUGGUGCUGUGGCUCUUCAUGCACGUUAACUACUACGUAUAUGACGCGAUUACAGCCUUCAUUCCCAUGACAUUCCUUGCCUUCUUCGUCUUUACCUGGAUCAUCCUCAACGUAGGUGCCGCUGUAGCGCCGUUCGAGUUGACGGCCGGGUUCUACCAUUGGAGCUAUGCGCUUCCUGCAAAGGAACUUUACGACGUCAUGACCUCGAUCUGGAGCAAGGGUUGCGCCAAUGUCAACUACCGCGCGCUGCCCAUUCUUUUCUCAUGGUGGCUGGUCGGCACUGUUGUCAGUUUCUUCUCGACUAGGCGGCGCUGCGAUGACGCGAUGGCCGCGGGGGCGGCAGAGAGGGCGAAGUGGGAGAAGAUACUGAGCGGUGAUGAGGAGAGGCAAGGAAGGAUUGCUACAGCACAGUCCGCAAACGCAGACGUGGAGAAGGGGGAGGAACCGAGCAGAACGCCUAGCACCGCAGCACAGAGCUCUGCUUGA